UAUCUUACACGCCUCGCUGUAUGCGUAAUGUGCAUUCCUGUAUUUAGAUGCUAUGUCGGUACCAUGAACUUAGCAUGAACAUAGAACAUUAUGGCAUGAACUAGAUAAGACGUAAACACUACAAUCAGCAAACUGUUUGUUUGCUUUCGUUACUUCCGAGACACGGUGAAAACGCGCUUGCAAAGACUUGUUAUCAUUCUAUUAUUUUAAACAUUAUCUACCUCUACAAAUCUGUAAUGGUCUAAGUCUGACUAUUCCUGCUAGUUUAAUGGAAAUAAAAUGAAAGAGCCUUAUGGAUAUUGUGACUUACGAGUAGAACGAGUUAAUGAUGAUAUUAUCAAUACUUUCAUUGAAUAUGGGUACACUUUGAUUGCUGUAAAUACUACAGUUAACUGUUCAUUACUAGGUGUUGGAAAUUCUAAUAGAAAAAAAAGAAAAGUUGUUGAAUGUAAUGGUGAAAACAAAGAAGAAAUUGACUGGGUGCCAACUCCCAAGUUAAUAAAUCAUGAUGAUUUCAAAUUGAAAAUAGUUAAUCGAUUGACAGUACAAAUAUCAAAUAUUGGACAAUUGCACAGAAUUUCCAGUUUUCAAAAUUUUAAAUUGUAUAAUAUUCUUGCAGUAGAACCAUUAAAUGAUCAAGUUUUUCAGGAUAUAGUGACUUUUUCAUCAACUUCAUCUAUUGACAUAAUAACUUGUAACAUAAAAACAUCUAUAACUCCAAAGCAAUAUACAAUUGCAAUAGAAAAAAACAUAUAUUUUGAAGUAUCUUACGCACCUAUGUUAGUUAAUUAUAUUGCUCGUCAAGAUACUUUAAGUUUGGCUCAUCUUUUUCACAUGAAAGGAAAAUCAAAAAAUAUAAUCGUUUCGAGUGGGGCAGUUAAUAAAUUAGACAUACGUAAUCCUCAUGAUGUAAUGAAUUUAGGUAUUUUACUAGGUCUUUCAAGGAAACAGUCAAAAGAAUCAAUCACUCAAGGAUGUUACUCUAUUAUAUUACAACGAAAUGAAAAAAAAAUCUGCAAUUAACACUCAACCAAGAAAAAUAACUUCAUAAUAUUGUAAAUAAUUUAUAAAAUAAGACGUAUGUACGUAUGUUUUAAAAAUAUUUUUUCAAUAAUACAUUUUUGAUAUAUUAUUAAAUGGUUUGUUUUUAUUUUUGAUGAACGAAAAAUUGUAUUUUAGAUACGUUCGUGAAGUUGGCCCAACCAUUUUGGUGUAGCGAUUCAAAAUCUUCACCAAUAGUUUGCGAGUUAAUUGCGAGAAUUUGCGAGUUCACUUUCAGAAUUUGCGAGUUAGCCGUUUUUUAGCUGCAAACAAAAUAAUAAUGGGUGGGCCAAGUUCACGUAGCCCACCCAUGUCGCUCAAAAAUGUCGAAAUUUUUACCGAAAGAUGCGUCAACAUUUGCGAGAAUUUGCGAGUUCACUUUCAAAAUUUGCGAGUCACCCUUUUUAUCACCAAACUCAUUUCCGCAAUUCUUUAUGAGAAUUGAAAUUUUGUAUUUAUUUAAUUUUUUAUACAAUCAAUAUUUUUUUUAAAAAUAAGAUUAUUUUUUAUUCAAUAAAGAUUUUUCUAUUCAAUUUACAUUACUUUUUAUUGAAUACAAUUUGUAUUAAAGUUUUUUAUUUAUUAUAGAUUGUUUAUAAAAUAUUGAUUAUUUUUUAUUAACUAUAUGUUUUACUCAGGCCUUUUUUUAUAGAUGUUUAUUCAACUAGGCUUUUU